UCGUUCUCCUGUCUCCAUGGCAACCACCCAGGCGGAGGAAGGUGGAUUGAACACAGCAUCACAUCCGCAGAGCCAUAGAGAAGAGGAAGAGGCCUGGCUGCGAUGAUGAAGCAGACUUUAGCAGAUGACACUGAAGAUGUGUCUCUUGACUUUGGAAAUGAAGAGGAGUUGUCACUAAGGAAAUCAAAAAUCAGGCACCCACUGGCAACCUUCUUCCAUCUCUUCUUCCGAGUCAGCGCCAUCCUGACCUACCUGUUUUGUGACUGGUUCAGCAAAAGCUUCAUUGCCUGUUUUGUCCUCAUUCUCCUCCUCCUGUCCUUCGACUUCUGGUCUGUGAAGAAUGUCACUGGAAGGCUGCUGGUCGGCUUGCGAUGGUGGAACCAGAUUGACGAGGAUGGGAAAAGCCACUGGGUAUACGAAGCGAAAAAGGUGCCUUCAGCUGUAGCUGCUCCCACUGAGGUAGAAGCUCGGAUAUUCUGGCUGGGUCUGAUUAUUUGCCCCGUCAUUUGGACCCUUUUCUUUUUCAGCACCUUGUUUUCCUUGAAACUGAAAUGGCUGGCCCUCGUAAUAGCUGGCAUCUGCCUCCAAGCUGCCAACCUCUACGGCUACGUCCACUGUAAAUUAGGAGGGUCACAGACCGUCCACAGAGUCACCUCCAGGUUCCCAAAGCAGCAGAUGUUCCAGAGGGAGAUGCCAGAAGGAUUUCAGAAGAAAGUCCUGAAGGGGAUGGGGACACGAAACCACUGAGCAGCAAGACAAAAGAAAAAAAUAUAUUACUGAUCCUUUCCAGAGAAAGGCCUGCAAUCAAGGGAAUCUGCAGUCUAAAUAUGGAUCAUCAUCAACAACUCUGUACAACGAUGAAUGAAAACAAAAUUAAGGAGAGUACAUCAAAAAAAGUGAAUGCAAGAAACACUCCUGAAAUAGAAAGAGCAAAGUACAUGUUUUCAAAUAAAAGAACCUCCUACAUGUUUAAUGGCAUUUUCUGAUUAACCUAAUAGCCAUUAAGGAUAAUCUAGCAAUUAGAAGCUGACUUCCUCCACGUGUCAAGACAGCAUCUCUCCUGAAAAACUCAGGCAUGGUGUCCAAAGGG